AUGACUACGACUCCCAGAAGAAUUGAGCCUGCAAACUUGAUGGUCGGUGCAGCCGUUUCGAUGUUCGAAGUCACUACACUCGGACAACCAUUAGAAGUCCUCAAGACGCAUAUGGCUGCCCAUCGCGACUCCGGCUUGAGGGGUGCCAUUAGGGAUGUGUGGUACCGAGGUGCCAGCGGCGGUGGUGGAAUUCGGGGAUUUUACCAAGGUCUAAUCCCCUGGGCAUGGAUAGAGUCCAGUUCAGCAGGGGCAAUUCUCCUAUUUACUGCAGCAGAGUUGGAAUCUUUUUCGAUCACUAAUCUGAAAGUUUCACCCAGUGCGGCGGGAUUUAUUGGGGGCUGCGGUGGCGGAGUUGCCCAGGCUUAUCUGAGUAUGGGUGUUUGCACUACAAUGAAAACAGCAGAGAUUACAAGAUCCAAGCAAUCUGUUCAGUCAUUAACCGCCGCGACUAACACGAAGGGCACUAUGGGCCUCUUUAUUGACAUAAUCAAGAAGGAAGGCAUACAAGGAAUAAAUAAAGGCGUGCAUGCGGUGGCUCUCCGCCAAUGUACAAACUGGGGAUCACGGAUGGGAUUCACCCGAUUAGCGGAAGAUACGAUCAGAACAGUCCGAGGAAGGCCUAAAGGCUUCGAGUUGACAGCGACGGAUAAAGUAAUAAGCAGUGUCAUUGGAGGUGCUUUGGGAUGCUGGAACCACCCGAUCGAAGUUGUCAGGAUUGAAAUGCAAUCAAUGGCCAAGCACUCGAACAAUCGCCCCGAAAAGCUGACUAUCAUGAACACAAUGUCGUACAUCUACAGAGAACACGGUUUGAAAGGCUUGUUCAAGGGGGUCCUACCACGCAUGGGCCUUAGUGUUUGGCGGACAGUCUGCUUCGUCUCGGUGGCGGAUAUGGCCAGAGCUUGGUGGCGCGACCGAGUAUAA